AUGGCGCCAUUUAUUCCAAGCCGCCGUGAUGUCCUCCGCACCCGUGCUCUCCUUCAUUAUCGCCUCGGACUGCCCAACGAGCUGGUUCUCGACAUCUUGGACAAAGCCCAUUACUGGGUCGAACGCAUCCGUGAAUUUACCCGCCAUGAAGUGCUUCUGGAUGACGAGUUUUCCCUUAACUAUUCCGCCGCGUGCCCGUGCUUGGGCAUCUAUUUCGACAGCCCCCCGACGCGGUCUCGCGAAAAGACAAAGCUGCGCGAGAUGGAGUUCCUCAUUGUGAGUCACGACCAAGGCUGGACUACGGAAGAUACCGCGGGAACGUUCAAAACCUCUUCUUGGUUUGAAGUCUCCAUCCUUCGCAGCACGCGAGAGUUGAAGCGGAUCGAGAAAAAUCUUCUCGCUCACCAGCUCGACGUUGGGCAUUUUGACGGCGAUGUUCCUGUAAAGAGCAAUAUCCACAAGGUCUUGAACGACUCGUUCCAUGAGUACAACCUCAAGGCUGUACCCCGCCCUUCAUCGGAAACUGAGCCUCAGAGGAUGCACUGCAGAGAGAUGCAGUCAACAUUGCUCUCAGACGACGGGACACCACUGGGUAUCGAGGGUGAGCACGCUUGGUACCUACAGGGCAAUGAAGUUGGCAGAGCAUCUUCCGUGUUCGACGGCGAGUUUAUACGCCGGUAUCGCGUUGUCUGGGGGUGCAAGGACAACCCAGCGUGGGAAGGCAACGAGGGAGCUGGGCGCGGCGAGGGGUUCAUUGACACUCUAAAAGACGGCGACUGGAUAUGCAUAUGGGCAAGAGCCAAGAGAAGGGGCUGGGAAAACCACGUCCAUGGCAUCCGGGUUACGCUGCGAUAUACGAUCUAA